AGUCCUGCGGCUCACAUUCACCUCCCUCUCAACGCCGGUCGCCGCCUAGAUGUGUCACCUGACUUGCCACCGUCCUCCACUCUCAUCUCAGAUUUGACCCCAAAGUCAAGCGGCAAGCAGCAGCAGCAGGUUCCGUGUCGCCAUGAGCUGGAUGGGGAAGCGGGGGUUGGGUGGGGAGAGCCCGCACUGGCGGAGAAGACGAACGAGGGCUGGCGGCCCCGGAGCUACCUCCACUACCUCGCCGCCGCGUCCAGUCCGACCCUGCCUCCUGCAAGCACGGCGACUUCUUCGACACCAUCUGGGCGGGCCACGAGCUAACCACGCCCAAUCUCUUCAGCAAUGUAGAUGUCGACCGUAGUUGGAUGUACAAAGAGAGACGAGGGAAGUUGAUCAGUGAUGCUUGGCAACAUGGAGUAGAUAAUUUCCUAGAUCAUGCAUUCUCAUUGCCCGAUGCUGCUGUAGAUGGGAAAUCCCAUUGUCCUUGCAGCAAGUGCUUUUGCGGUCAUAAGUGGACAAGGGAUGUCAUGACCACACACUUGUGCAGCAAUGGGUUCAUGUUAGGAUAUGAGAGAUGGACUAGCCACGGGGAGUCUGAUGCACCUGAAAAUGUAGAGCAUGAUAACGCGGGGGAUGGAGAUAGAAUGAAUGACAUGCUAGUUGAUGCAAUUGUUGCUGAAGGAGUUUCUAAAGGUGAUGAGCCAACAAAAUCUGCCAAAAAAUUCUAUGAAAUGUUGAUGGAAGCCGACAAACGUUUGCAUGAGAAGACCACACAAUCACGUCUAUCCAUUGUAGGAAGGCUAAUGACUAUCAAAACACAACAUAAUCUGUCAGAAGCUUGUUACAAUGAGAUGAUGACUCUUAUACAUGACAUUGUUGGGGACGAUGCUGCAAAAGAUCUUCCAGCAAACUUCCAUAGGUCCAAGAAUAUUUCCAGGAAGGUGGUCAGCUGGGUAGUCAAAUUUGUUGAUGAAUCUACUGAGCCAAGAAAGGAGUCAGAUGAUGUGGAGCUUGAUCCCUCUGAAAUUUAUGUAAUAGAAAAUCAAGGCAAUAAUUAUGAGGGAGAAGAAUCUUCAGAAGAUGAAUUGGACGAGAGUACUGAUGAGGAAGAAGAAGAUUUACCUGAAGAGGAAGGACAAGAAGAGACAUAUGAGACCGAAGAUGAGGAUGAUGCAAUAGAGCAUGACUCUGAAUAUGACGAUGAUGAUUACUGAACAUUUAUAGCUUUUGCACUUCAUUUUCUGUCUUGGUACCAAUAAAUAUAUAGUGGCACAACUAGUGAAUAAUAUAGUAUGUUUACUAUUGGUAGUAAUACAUAUUACAUAGAGAUUUAGUGACACAACUAUUGAACAAUAUAUUAUGGUUGAUAGUAUUUCUAGUUUAGUUGUUACAGAAUGUUUUCUGUUGUUUUCUUCUUCUACUGUCAUGCCUUUGGUAAUCAUCUACCAAUUAUUUUUUUAUGUAGCUAAUAAGAAUGUAUUUGUCACUAUGUAAAUAGGAUGACCCGCUUGCAUCAUAGGCGUGUCUCAAUGGCUAGGUCGAACAGGUCUUCUUCUAGUGCCUCCGUAGAAAACAAUGGAUCAACUCAGUCAACUGCACAGGCUAAAAAGCCUAGAACACCAAGAACUAGGACUCCAGCCGGUCUCAGACUAGAGGAAAUUGACCGACCGCUUAUAGUUCCCGUUGGCAUGGCAUGGGAAAGGCACCCAUACAACGCUCGUGAUCCAUCAACGGUGCUAGGUGCCUUAGUGCGCCAGAUGUAUCCACCGCCAAUUGGUCCAAAAAAUGAUCAGAAACCGGUAUUGUGUUGGGAGGACUACAAGUGGUCCCCUGGUCCAGAAGUAAGAACAGCAGCUUCCAAAAUAGUGGAAGAAUUUUGGUGGCGUUUCAAGUGCGACCCAUCGGAGCAAGAGAAGGCAGAUGGUGUUUUGGAGGAGAACUUAACUAGGAAAGUGAAGCAGAUGCUACAUGAGGAAAAGGUGGCAGCCAUCAAAAUAUUAAAGAAGAAGGGACAAUUGCCUACAGAACUAACAUAAGAGGAUGAGGAUGGUAACCGAUGGCCAACUAAGGAAGCUUUAAUUUCUGCAAAGAGAGUUGACUUUGGUACAGACGUUGGUUGGCGUCUACUAUGUGAGCACUGGAGUAGUAUUGAAUUUAGAGGGUUAUCUUUAACCAACAAGAGGAACAGACUUGCUAAUGGGAACACGGUCUUCCAUUACAGUGGUGCUAGAAAUGUUUGUCGCCACGCAUCAAUUUCUGAAACUCAAAACUGGGAAAGACCCUAGAAUUUCUGGUGCUUGGCUUCACACGCACAAAUUGCAUCGAGGGACUGAUGAAGAGCAGAUAUGCAGUCAAAGAACUGCUGAUCAUUGGGAGGAUUUUGAUAAGGCAAUGAAAAAUGCCCAUGGAGAAAAUUGGGAAGAGGAGCACCCGGAUUUAGAUGGACAGAUCAUGUAUGAAGCAGCAGGCAGAAUGCCACAUGGCAGGCUGGGAAUUGCUAAUGAGUUGUUUAGCAAACCAGAGAAGGCGAAGUUUAAGUCUAAAAGGGCGAUGGCCUCACAGCCGGUGCAGUCUGCUAAGGAGGAGCGUCUAGAAAGAGAAAACAAACAUUUGAAGCAGGAGAUCAAGCGUCUUCGAGGCAUUGAGCUUGUUGUUCAGUCUUUGGCUGAGAAAGGGGGAGUCGACUUUGAUGGCAUAAUGCAAUCAGCAGCAGAUGACUUGGCGGAUUUCAAAGGGGACGAGGUGAUGUGCCUCAACACCAAACCGAAAAGGGAAUGGGAAGCAGGACUGGAGGCAGUACGAGUCAUGGAAAUGAUGAUGAAGAUGACUACUAUGGCAAUGGGGGAUAUGAUAACUAUGGCGAGGGUGAUCUGUAUGGUGAUGAGCACUAUGAUCACUAUGGCCAUGGGGAAUAUGAUGACUACGGAGAUGAGGAUGACUAUGGCUAUGGCGGUGGCGAUGAUGAUGAUUGGCUAUAAAAGUCUAAUGAUAUUCAAGUCAUGCCAAAAUGUAGUUAUGUUAGAUAUUUGAAACACUUUAUUAUCUUAUGGACAAAUUUGUCUUAGUUGACAAAUUAUCUUAUGCACAAUGUGGCCUAUCUCAGCUACUAUUUUGUUCUGCAUUCGACAUUUGAUAAUUAUGGUUAAUGCAAUUUGGAUGCAACUCAAUACCUUGUGCUUGUGUAUGAGAUGCAUUUGUUGGAAUGCCAAUAUUCUGAAUUAUUGCUAUGGAAUGAAACACCCAUUGGUGAAA